AUGGCCGUAGAUCGAACGGAAGACUAUCGCGAUGCGGUGAAGUCACUCGCAGUGCGGCUUGGGUACGAUCAGGCUCGUCUGGCGCAGGUCUCAUCUGCCAUGAUGCUCAAACCCACCUCAGGAGGCGGCGAAGCUUCCACGAAGGACGCCUUCGCCAGGCUGGCAUCUGACGUGCUAUCAGACGAACGUUCCCUGCACUCCGUCCUAAUGAGCGAGGGGCGGGAAUACUGCAGUGCUGCUUCAGACCAUGUGGUUGGGCACGCAGUGAUGGAGAGACGGCGAGACGCCUUUGAAGCAAAGGUGGGCGGCAUGGUGAAGGAGUGCAAGGAGGGGAUAGAGGCGCUGAGAGGCAGAUUGCCCCCACCGGGAGGAGCAGCGGGACGAAAUGCGCAGUUGACAGCGCAUCAGCAUGGCGUGGUACUCAUUCUCACCGAACACCUGCAGCUGCUCUCCUCCACCUUUGAGCGCCUGAGAUCCACCAGGCUGCAGCGGAUGCUGGCAGACAGCCAGCGGCAGAGGCAAGGGGGAGGGCAGGGCGGAGGGCAGGGCGGAGGGCAGGGAACGUUAGGGAAGCAGGGGCGAAUACAUGCUCUGAAGGGGGUACGGGAGAAUGGAAGGGAUGGAGGGGAGCAGGGCGGGGGGAAAGGGUGGCAGGAAGCGGGCGGCGAGCAGCAGGGGAGGGGUGUUGGGCACGAUAGGGGGCAAGAGCAGGGGCGAGAGAAGGGGCGAGAGCAGGUGAUGCAGGAUGCAGAGACAGUGGCGUUGCAGGAGGAGUUGAGGGGGCUGCUGAGCAGCACGGCACAGGCAGAGGCGAGGGUGAUGGAGCUGGCUGCUCUGAACCACCUGUUUGCCGUGCACGUGCUGCAGCAGAGCGAGCAGGUUCACCAGCUGUAUGCGGAGGCAGUGGCAGCAUCGGAGAGAAUAGACAAGGGCAACAAGGAACUGAAGAAGGCAGCAGCACACGGCAGCAGCCAUCGCACCUUCCUCAUCCUCUUCUUCUUUGUGCUGCCUCUCUCACUGCUCUUCUACGAUUGGUAUGACCGGCACCAACGGAGUGGGUUCAGGCUCUGGUAG